AUGGACUUUGCCUUGGAGACUGACAGGACUCCUAAACCAGCUGAUGACUCAGUUGAUAAGGACUACUAUGAACAUUGGGAGAAAACCAAUUGCGUUGCUCUCCUGAUCAUUAAAACGAUGAUUGCAAGGGGCAUUCGGGGAGCAAUCCCUAAAUGCGAAACUGCUAAAGAAUACCUGGAAGCUGUCAAUAAACAGUUUAAACUGACGGACAAGCAGAUAGGAGGUACCAUCAUGUCAGAGCUAUGUGCUAUGAAGCUCAUAGGUAUUGGUGGAAUCAGGCAGCAUAUUAUAAAAAUGAGAGAUCUAUCCUCUCAACUGAAAGCCUUCGAGAUAGAACCAACUGAGCAAUUUCUAGUGCAAUUAAUCCUGAACUCCCUUCCUCUACAAUUUGAUACCUUUAAGGUGUCUUACAACACACAUAAGGAAAAAUGGUCAGUAGAUGAACUACUGUCCAUGUGUGUGUAA